UUGUCCGGCAUCACAGCCAUCACCAAUGCCGCCAACGGCUUGGGUCUCGGCUGCUUCCAACCUUCCCACCGCUGCAUAGACAACGUAAUUCAUUCGUGGGCAGGUCCCCGGCUGCGGGACGCGUGCUACCGAAUCAUGGAGUCCAGGGGCCGAGAAAUCGAGCCCGGCGAGGCCAUCGUCACAGAGGGUUACUGUUUGCCCGCAGAGCACGUCGUGCACACGGUUGGACCGCAACUGCAACGCGGCUCGAGCCCGGCCGAGAAGCAGACCGAAGAGCUCGCCCAAUGCUAUCGCUCCGUGCUCGACGCCGUGGAAGCUUUGCCCGCGACGCCGGAUGGCAGGAAAAUCGUCGCCUUGUGCGGGAUCUCGACCGGAUUGUUCGCCUUCCCGGCGCGAGAUGCGGCAACCGUCGCGGUCAGGGCCGUCGCAGAUUGGCUCGAGCACCACCAAGAUGCGUCCAUCACCGAUAUCAUCUUCAACACCUUCACCGACGCGGAUCAUGCCAUCUACAAGGACAUCCUGGCCUCGUCUCCCCCGCAAACGCCAGGGAUCGGGCUGUCGCCAACUCCGCCGAUUGCAAAUCACCCGCACGCGCCGCCGUUGCCGCUGAUCCAGUGCGAUUCGCUGGAUCGCGCCAGGCAGUGGUUGAGGACGGCGGACGCCGUCAUUGUAAGCGCUGGUGCCGGGCUAUCAGCUUCCGACGGCCUGGAUUAUACUUCGGCAGGGCUGUUUGCCAAGCACUUUCCCGGUUUCCUCAAGUAUGGGCUGCGAACUCUGUACAGCGUCUUUGGCUUCACCGGCUGGCCAAACGAACAGGUUCGAUGGGGCUACUACUUCACGCAUCUUGGCAUGGUCAGCUCGUGGCCGGAGUCUCGAAUGUAUGGGGCGCUCAUAUCCUGGCUUGACAAGUUUGGGGACGACGCGCAUGUCAGAACCUCGAACGCGGAUGGGCUCUUCGUCGCAAAUGGUUUGUCGCCGCAAAAGCUGUCAACGCCGCAGGGCUCAUACUCUGUGUUCCAGUGCCUUGCGGACUGCAGGCCCGAUGCGACGGUGCUCUCAGAGCCACUCGUUGCCGCCGCGCAGUCGUCGUUGGAUCCGGAAUCUCAAAUCUUGACGGACCCGGGCAGGGUGCCCCUUUGCAGGUUCUGUGGCGGAAAGAUGAACAUAUGCGUGCGGGCGGGUCAUUGGUUCAACGAGGGGCCCUUCCAGGACGGAGAGACGAGAUGGAAGCAGUUUCGCAGGAAUGUCGUCCAUCGAGAGGACAAGACGACAGUCAUCCUGGAGCUUGGCGUCGGAAUGUCCACGCCGGGCGUCCUGAGGUGGCCAAACGAGGAUCUCACAAUGAGAUGCCGGGGAAGGGUGAAGCUCGUGAGGGUGGGCAUGGGACCUGAGACGGCUGUACCGUGGGAUCUGGAAGACGCCGGCCUGGCGACGAGUAUCGACGGUGACAUCUCAACUGCGCUGAGAGAGCUGCUCCGCGAAAGCGAAAGUUGA